AUGGCCAUGGCCUUGGACCGCUACGUUGCCAUCUGCUACCCCCUGCAGCACUCCAGCAUCCUCUCCGUGCCCGUGGUGGUGACGCUUGGGAGCCUGGUGCUGCUGCGUGGCGUUGUCCUGGKGAUUCCCAUCUGCUUCCUGCUCCACAGGUUGUCCUUCUGCCAGAACACUGUCAUCUCCCAUGCCUACUGUGAGCACAUGGCGGUGGCGAAUUUGGCSUGUGGGGACACCAGAGUCAAUGCCCUUUAUGGCCUCUGUGCAGGCUUUUUGGUGGUGGUGUUUGAUUUGAUGCUGAUAUUUGUGUCCUACACCAUGAUCCUGCGAGCAGUCUUGAGGCUGCCAUCCACAGAGGCAAGGCUCAAGGCCUUCAGCACUUGUGCAUCCCAUGUCUGUGUCAUGCUGACCCUUUACACCCCUGCCCUCUUUACUUUCCUCACGCACCGCUUUGGGCAGAGCGUCCCUCACCACGUCCACAUAGUGGUGGCCAUUCUCURCCUGCUGCUGCCCCCCGUGUUAAACCCCAUUGUGUAUGGGGUGAGAACCAAGCAGAUCCGGGACAGAGUGGUCCUGCUCUUCCAGAGGAAGGGAAUCUGA